AUGAGCCGCUGUAUUCCAGGUCACGUAAUCAUUUCGGAAAUCGACUCACUUUCGGUGUUCGUGGCUUUCUGUAGUCAUCAGCAAAUGGCACUGGACGCAUUGAAUCAGUUGUUGACUCAUCCGGAUGCGCAGAAACUCUACACAAAAUGCACGUCGAGCGUUGAGGCUCGGGGUAUGAGCCUGAGUACAUUUCUUCUAUUGCCGCUUGGACGCAUCACAAGGUAUCCAUUACUAAUCGAGAAAAUCCUGAAGGAGAGUGAUCCUAAGGGCGACUUACACCAGGACCUGGACACAGCCUUGCAACUGCUCCGUGCUCUUGUCUCUGAGGUGAACCAUGCUGUCACUGAGGAAGAGAACGUCUUCCUACUGCGUUGGGCUCAAUCACAUGUGAAAUGCCCACCGUCUCUGCGACUUGACUUCACUUCUGACACACGACUUUUGCCGAUCUCGUUCAAGAUCUCGAAAACAACUGAACUCCAUUUGACGCUUUACAAACAACCAAUGCUACUUGCAAAUUUGAAGGUGAUGCCGUCAAAUGAUGAAACUACAUUGAAUAUUAAGCAAGAAACCAUCCUUGCAAUCAAAGACGAUUGGACGACUGUUGGUGGAAGUGCUCAACACAAAGAAUAUCUCGCCGAAAAUGGUUUGAAUCAGCCUCGCAUAAUCUUCGACUACUCUGUUGGCAGAGUUAGCGAGACGUUUGAAGUGGAUUUGUCGAAGUCAGCCGAUCUUCACCUAACUACGCAGUUUCCACUCGUGAACACCACAGAAAUGUUCACUUUGAAAAUAUUACAAAAGAAUCUCUUCCGGCCGGAUGCGCUGCUGUUUGAUAUCAGAGACAAAGCCAAGCCAGUCGAGAGCGUGGCUGUGAAGUUUGUCGCUCAGCUUUUCGACGCAAAUAUGUGA